CGGAGUAAUUAGUUUUCUGUAUAAGGGGUUUUAGGCCUUUUUUCUCUUUUUGGAAAUUUUUCGUGGGUUCAAUCUGCCAUCAAUUUGUUGUAUCUCCUUUUUGAGUGAAAUUGGUGGAAAUUUGUAUUAAAAUCCCUUGAUGAGUCUAUGUUGAGAAAUUGAAAAGCAAAAUUCUCUCUCGCUAUAUUUAUUUUUCUAGGGGUUUGUGGAAUGUAGAAAAUCUGAAAGAAUUUUAGAUGUUCUUUAGUUUUCCUUUUCUUUUUUACUAAUUUUUUGAAGCUUCUUUUAUGGAGGUUUCACAUGAAAUCCACUGUGUUGGGAAAUUUAGGAACAAAACCUGACAAGGGGCAGAAUAUUAUUAUUUCAUGCAUUUAUUCAUGCAAAAAUUCCUCAAAGGUUUUGAUUUUUGGUGUUCUGUAAAAUUAUGAUUCGCAUCGGUUCUUGUUCCUACAUCCGCGAAAAGAAAUUACAAAAGGUUGAAACCGGAUUAUUUUAUUUGCUAUUUAUUGUCAUCAUUUGUGAGUAUAAAAUGUUUGAUUAAUGCAAAUUAAUGGCAAAUGAUAAUUAAAGUAACUAUUCAAUUUUUGUUUUUAUGUGUGUUUAUGGUACUCUUGAGUUCAUGGGGAUGGAAAAUGAUCUCUACCAGCACGUGGUCUCCAUUUCUGUGUUCCCUAAAUACCUCUAAUUAUUUUGCACUAUUUGGCAUCCUGUUUUCAUUUUUGUGGAUAAGAUUAGUCUUUUAUGCGGAACAGGUUCUUCGUUGUUGUUUCGGAUUUCUUUUUACUGCAAAUAUUAAGUAUAGGCAAACCAACCAUAAGAUGGGAUUUAUUAAUCUUGUUGGCUUCAGGAAAACUCGUUUGGACCGAAGAAAGUCUUUAUUUCUGCUUGAUGGCUUGACCUAUGUAUUGAUUUUUUAUUUUGACUUUUAUUCAGUUGAGAGUAAGAAUACGAGAAGCUCGUUGUAUGUGUGCUGCAUUUAGUGACAAUUAAUCAUUCUGUGCAUGUUUGUUUGUGUCACUCUGAGUGUGUGUGAGAGAAAGAGAGAGAGAAGUCAGAGACGCCAAGGUAUCAUUUUCAGUGAAUUCCCUUUCAUGAAAAGGAGUUGAGUGGGGAAAGAAGGAACAGGGCAGAGUUUCUAAGAUUCUCAGAACGGGAAAGGAUCAGCUCUUAGAGACAUUAGUUGAAUGGUCAAUAGAUUAACUGAGUUCACAGGAAGCCCUUCGAAAAUGCAUGCUCCUACUUGUUAUUAGUAUAUGAAAGGGACAUUAAUGAGGUCUAAUUUGCAUAGUUUGGAUGGACGUAUGUCAAUCAGAGAAAAGAGUAGAGAGGCAAUCUAGACCAGAGGCUCGAGUACUUGUUUCUGCUGACAACAAGAAUGGAACUACCUGCAGGUCCCAUACCAGAGAAGUUAGUUCUAGGUACAGGUCACCUACACCAUCCGCAGGUGGUCGAAGACGCAGCCCUUCACCAAUUGCGAGCAGGACAUCAUCAGCCUCAACUGUAUCAGUCCCAAACAAAGCUAUAUCAACUGAAACAAAGCGCCCAUCCACGCUGUCAUUGCUGCCUAGUCCAUCUCCAUCAACACCAGUCCAGGAUACAACUGCAGAGAUGCUAUUGGCAGCCAGGGCUCGAAGACUCAGCCCUUCACCAAUUGGGAGAAGGACGUCAUCAACCCCAACUGUAUCAGUGCCAAAAAGAGCUAUAUCAACUGAAAGAAAGCGCCCAUCCACACCAUCAGUGCCACUUAGUCCAUCUCCAUCAACACCAGUCCGGGAUACGACUACGGAGAUGCUAUUGGCAGGCAGUGGUCGAAGACGCAGCCCGUCACCAAUUGUGAGCAGGACGUCAUCAACCUCAACUCUAACAGUGCCAAAGAGAGCUGUAUCAACUGAAAGAAAGAGCCCAUCCACUCCUGCAUUGCGACCUAGUCCAUCUCCAUCAACACCAGUCCAGGAUACAAUUAUAGAGAUGCCAUUGGCAAGCAGUGGUCAAAGGCGCAGCACGUCGCCAAUUGCGAGCAGGACGUCAUCAACCUCAACUGUAUCAGUGCCAAAGAGAGCUAUAUCAACUGAAAGAAAGCACCCAUCCUCAUCGUCAUUGCGCCCUAGUCCAUCUCUAUCAACACCAGUCCAGGAUACAAGUAUAGAGAUGCUAUCGGCAAGCAGUGGUCAAAGACGCAGCCCCUCGCCAACUGCGAGCAGAGCGUCAUCAGCCUCAACUGUAUCAGUGCCAAAGAGAGCUAUAUCAACUGAAAGAAAGCGCCCAUCCUCGCCGUCAUUGCGAUCUAGUCCAUCUCCAUCAACACCAGUCCAGGAUACAACUGCAGAGAUGCUAUUGGCAUCAAGAAAGACAGCAAGCAAUAAGUUGCCUGAGUCUUUAUGGCCAUCCACAAUGCGGAAUCUCAGCGUUUCUUUUCAAUCUGAUACUAUUUCUGUUCCUGUUGGUAACAGAGAAAAACCAAUUUCUCCUACACCAUCCGAUCGCACGCUGAGGCCAUCGUCAAAUGUAGCUCUGAAAGGUGAAACACCUUCCUCAGGAAAGCUCACAUCAGAGAGAAAGAGGAGUCCACUAAAAGGAAAGAAUUCUGCUGAUCAGUUAGAGAAUUCUAAACCUGUUGAUAGUCUGAAUGCUCGUCUACGAGAUCAACAUCGAUGGCCAAGCACAACAAGUGGGAAAAUCUCCAAUUCCCUGAAUAGAUGUGAUAUUACUGAUAAGAUGAGCAAAAUUUCAUCUUUAUCACAUACCAAAAUGGACGCACGUUCCAUCAGGAGAUUAUCUCUGGAUGCGCUAAGCAAACCUUUACAUAAAUCGGCUAGCGAUUUGUUAAUGCUAGUAUCUUUUGAUGACAGUGGAAAAGAGAUAUCAUAUGGAAGUAUACUUGAUGAUGUUUCACUACGAAGGCCUGGCUCUUCAAGUUCAUCAGACAGAACAUCAUUGCUGAAUGCAGCUAGGGCUCAGUUGCUCAGUCCCAAAUCACGGACCCCAUCACCCUCAGUGUCUAGAGGGAUCAGUCAAUCUCGAUCGAAGGCUGUGAACCCCCCUUCUAGAGGCUCUAGUCCUACUAGGGUAAGACCAUCCAGCCCGUCCAGACAACCUCAGAAUUCCGCUUCAAUUCUUAGUUUUAUUGCGGAUAUUAAGGAUGGAAAGAAUGCUGAAAACGUUGAAGAUGUGCAUCAGUUGAGGCUGUUAUACAAUAGACAUCUUCAAUGGCAAUAUACAAAUGCCCGAACUGAUGCUGCGUUGCAUUCUCAGAAAGUAAAAGCAGAGAAAAUGCUGUAUAAUGUGUGGAGGACAAUUGCAGAUCUGUGGGAUUCAGUGGAGGAGAAAAGGUCUGAGCUCCAGCAGCUGAGACUUAAAUUGAAGCUUUACUCAGUCUUGGAUAAUCAACUGACGUUCCUUGACGAGUGGGCUUCAGUUGAGAGGGAUCAUACAAACUCAUUAACCUGGACCAUCCAAGAUCUGCAGGCUAGCACUCUUCGUAUUCCAGCCGCUGGAGGUGCAAGGGCAGAUGCUAAAACUGUAAAGGUAGCUCUGUGCUCUGCAGUUGAUGUGAUGCAGGCACUGGGAUCCUCCUUAAGUUCCAUACUUCCACAGGUGGAGGGAAUCAGCUGCUUGGUUUCAGAACUUGCUAAUCUAGCAGCACUUGAAAGAGCUAUGCUUGAUGAAUGUGAAUCAAUUUUGGGUUCUACAGCUGCAUUGCAGGUCGAAGAAUACAGCCUUAGGACUCAUCUGUUACAGAUGAAACAAUCUUGGAGUAAUGGCGAACCGGCUGUGUUUGGUUAUUAAGAUAAUUCACAAGAUACGACCACAAAGAUACUAACAACCUCGGCUUUGCUUGCUUACCUCUCUCCUACUUUUCUAACUAAUCAUAGGUUAGAAUAUGUCACUUCUAUUUCCUUUUUUCCACCUUCUUGUAGUCUUAACGUUAUGAGCUCAUCUUUUCAUUUCGCUUCAUGUAUUUAUUUUGUAAAACCAUCUAAAAGAAAUGAAAAAUGGAGAGUUUGAAAUAUA